UGCACCUUCGCGGGUCAUCCUUGGCAGCCAUUUUGACUCGAGAGAAUGGAAUACGGACUAAAAAGGAAAUUCAUCGGUGUCGACCUUCUUUGAAACAGUCACCACGGUGGUUUAUUUGGCACCAAUAGCUUCAUUAGUGUUUGAACUUUGAGAUAGUGUAUAUAGAUUUUUACUCAAUGUAGGUCUGUAUGGGAAACGAACCAACAUUUUACAUGGUACAACUAACGAGAGUUUCCAGUUUUACGGGAACCGGGAGGGUGCUGUCUCGGGUUCCUCGCAUAUGUUUAGUGUUUGUUGUGAAGUAAACACUAAACUCGCUCUUAGUUUGUUCCGUCCAAGCAACAGCCAUUUUUCGCACCUUCAGCAAAUACUUUAGGGAAAUUAGUCAUUUAGGCCAGUCGAUACGAAAAUUUGCAAAAAUGCCGGCGCAAAGUCGAGCACGAGUGUAUGCUGAUGUGAACAUCCACAGACAAAGAGAGUACUGGGACUACGAGUCUCAUGUAGUCGAGUGGGGGCAACAAGAUGAUUACCAAAUAGUGAGAAAACUUGGCAGAGGAAAAUACAGUGAAGUCUUCGAAGCUGUGAAUAUCACAAACAAUGAGAAGUGUGUCAUAAAAAUUUUAAAGCCUGUAAAAAAGAAGAAGAUUAAAAGAGAAAUAAAGAUCCUUGAAAAUCUACGUGGAGGCACAAAUGUCAUUUCACUCUUGGCUAUAGUCAAAGACCCUGUGUCAAGAACACCAGCCUUGAUAUUUGAGCAUGUCAAUAACACAGAUUUUAAGACAUUGUAUCAAACUUUCACAGAUUAUGACAUUAGGUUCUACUUAUUUGAAUUGCUAAAGGCUCUGGACUACUGUCACAGCAUGGGUAUUAUGCACAGAGAUGUGAAACCACACAACGUCAUGAUUGACCAUGAAACCAGAAAGUUGAGGUUGAUAGACUGGGGUUUGGCCGAGUUCUAUCACCCUGGCAUGGAGUACAAUGUAAGAGUAGCUUCUAGGUAUUUUAAAGGCCCAGAAUUAUUACUGGAUUAUCAGAUGUAUGACUACUCACUAGACAUGUGGAGUCUUGGUUGUAUGUUUGCUAGCAUGAUUUUUAGGAAGGAACCAUUUUUUCAUGGCCAUGACAACUAUGAUCAGCUGGUGCGGAUAGCCAAAGUGUUGGGAACAGAUGAGUUGUAUGCUUACAUAGAAAAAUAUCAGAUUGAUUUGGAUCCUAGAUUUAAUGAUAUUUUAGGAAGGCAUUCAAGAAAAAGGUGGGAAAGGUUCGUCCAUAGUGAAAAUCAGCACUUGGUAAGCCCAGAAGCACUGGAUUAUCUAGACAAACUACUACGAUACGACCAUCAAGACAGACUCACAGCUAGAGAAGCAAUGGAACACCCAUACUUUUACCCUAUAGUGAAGGAACAGGGUAGGAUACCAUCAAUCUCUGGUCACAGUUCUCCAACCCCAAUCACAAAUGCAGGACAGAUAGGAGGUGCUCCUCCUCCCGCGGUGAACAGCUCCGUGGCAGUGUCCAGCUCUCCUGUCAUGACCCCUAGUAUGUCGCCCCUCCCCAACAGUGCUGCGGCUACAGCCCAGUCAUAGGGGGCCAGCAAACGUCACAUUGCCUGCCUGUCUGUCUGCCUGAAUGCCUGCCUGCCUGUCUGUCCGCUGUCAGAUCAAAUCUGUCGGCUAGUCGGUCUGUCUGUGUGGGCACAUCCAGAUCAGAAUGUGAACAUUUGUGACCAAGUGAAUGUGCUAUGUGGAAGAUUUUAGUAUCAAAGAGGGCCCAAUCAGUACAUUAAUGACGAUAAAUAUUAUUAUAGUACCUGGUCUGAAAGUCAAAACAUGUUCCAUUGUGAUGUAGUUUAUAAUGAUGAUGAAAUGUAGUCCGUACAUUUUGUGACUAUCAUGUUACUUGGGUGUAUUGGCUGUACCGCUAUUAGUGAUAUUGACUUCUGAAUGUGAGUGAAAUGUUCAGAUUUCCUCUCAUUUACAGUAUAUAUAGUAUACAUUACAAACAUUUGCAAUUUUUAGUGCCCUGGUUCAUGUACUAGGCAGUGUGGGGACAGAGACUAGGAUGAUGUGUUGAGGGGGAUGACAUAUUCCUCACCAGGUACAUGACUUGGCAGUUUAAUUACAUAGAGGCUAGGUGACUAACAGAGUAAAUGUCUAUUAAUGCAGUAUUUGGUGUCUAACUCUUUGUGCUACAGAUGUGUUAUUUAGUGUAUAUGAACAUUUAAGGGGAUGGGGGGAUUUAACAAUUAUAAUACCUAUUACCUAAAGCAGUGGAGAUAUACCCUUAUUGUCUCUAUCUCACCGUGGUCAUUCACUGGCAUUUAUUUAUUUAUAAGUGAUGUGUACAAUGUAUUGUAAUGUGAUUCAAUUUAUACAAAUAAUUGGAAAAAAGUUGUAAUGUAAUACACUGAUAUACUUGUAACAAGAUAUUUGGUGACAAGUUUUUAAUAAAACGAACAUAUUGUUAUUUGUAUAAACUGAUGUCAAGCAGUAUAAUAUAUUUUCAUGAUUGUCUCAAGUUUCGAAGAUAGCAAAACCCAGUUAUACCCAAGAUGCAGAUGAAGACAUUUUUGAGCAUCAAUUUUUUCCAGUUUCAGCAACCAUUAUUUUCAGUUGCAAUAGCAGAUCAGAUAUAAAUCAUUACAUGUAUCACUAAAAAUGGUGUGUCCCAAAAAAUUUAUGUUUAACAGCAUAAUACUUUGUUAAAUAUUGAUAACGACAAGAUGAAUCAUGUUUAGUCUGUGUAGGCUGUACAAGAUGGAUGUUUCCUUAAUGUGUAAUACCUGAGAUCAGUUGUUCAAAGUCUGAUCAUCGUACCAGUAACUUGACGCAAAAUUUAAAUUAAUAUAUAUUUUCAAAAACAGUGAAAUUCAAAACUUAAGUUUUCUUUAUAAUGAUUUAAUAAUAUUAUAUUUUGACACUUAACACAAAAUAUUUGUGAAGUUUUACAUGGUUCUUAAGUCACAUUUUAAAAAUUUGGGUUAACUGUCACUUAAGUCUUUAACUCAUUCACCCCUACAUAUUUGAACUGGACUUGCCCAGUCUUUGAUUUGGAAGUGUUCAAAUGUGACGUUAGAUGUGAUUGAGUUUAAAGGAAAUUAGGCUUUGAACAACAGAGCUUCGAUCAUUUGUUAAAUAACUGGGUCAAACUAUCCUGUCGGUUCAUAUCACUUUCAUAUCUGCUAAUGUAAACCUUGUAUUCUCAACAGACCACAGUCAUGGGAGAUUGUAUCAUGUUCUCUUAAUUCUGCUAGUGUGUUGAAAGUAUGACAGGAGGAGGGCAUUGACAACCCAAGAUUUUUACGUGAUACUAUUAUCUUAUGAAUGAAUGUGUGCUUUAUAUGCCAAAAAGUGUUGGAAGAAAAUGUGCGGUUUAUGUUUCAUUUUUUAGAAGGCAGAAAUGGGAUGACAUUAUUAUGAACAAUUUAUCAUUAAGGUUUCUGGUAGACAAGAGUUGGUAGCCUUAUAUUGUGAAUAAAUAUUUGAGGUAAUUUUUCAAGAAAACGUAAUUCUUUUUUGUAUGUUGAAGUUUAAGAUAUUGUAAAAUGUAAGUGACUAACUUGAUAUUUGUAUUAACAUAAUGAUUAUAAGGGUACCAAUAUAUUUCUCAUACUAGAAGUUCCAGAAACUGCCAUUGAACUUCAUCUGACCAGGUAUUUAGGUUUGUGUGACCAAUGCAACCUCAGUAGUUCAUUAACUCUGGUUUCUGUCUACAUAAAACCUUGUAACUCGAGGAGUCCAUGUAUAGUGAAAUCUCCUUAGUCCAGACAAUUUGAUCCAUGUGUGCAGUGGAACCUCUUUUAUCAAGAUACAUUUAUUUUAUUUUUUGUAUACAGUGGAACCUCAUUAGUCCAGACAAUUUGAUAUAUAAAAAAGUUGGAUCCAUUUAGUGUCGGAGGCUUGGACUUUUCACUUGAAAAUUAAGUAAGAUCUAUGGGUCAUCAAUGCUUGGAUUAAGGUGGUUGCACUUCUUCUCGUACUAGGCUUACCUUGUCUGAUGCUGUAAAGGUUUAGUACACAAACUCAAGUCUGGUCAGUAGAUAUACCACGCCCCGAGAUAAACCUGGAUACCUUCCAAAUAUUUAAUAGUGAAAACCCAAUCUGGUCAUUAUUUUGUUGUAAAAACCCAGUCUGAUAAAUGUUACGUAGUACAAAAUUGAUCUGGUCAAUAUUAUUUAGCACAAUCUCGGUCUCUAACCAAUACUUUGGUCGAUGAAUUGGUGCAAUCCUAGAGUAAGGCAAGGACAGUCUUCUGUAACAAAUCAUUUACAUUAAAAUUGAAAAUUUAGCUGACAAUAACCACAUGAACAAUUGCAUGAAUUUUUUUUAUUAAAAAUUUGAAUUUAUGAGUCGAAUAAUGCUGCAGGAAUUAAUGCAACAUGUUGGAAGUAUUUUUAACUCGGAAAAGUAAGUAAGCUAAGGAAUAACUAUGAAUAUCAGUCUGGUUUUAUAUUUUUGAACACAACUUUCUAACAAUGCAGUUUAAAGUAGUUUCAGAUAUGAAGUUGGUUCUGGUGUUAAAUUCUCAAUCAAGCAGAGCACGAAAGUCGUAUUCAUAAAAAGACACAUUAUUAUGCAAAUGCUGUGUGAAAUAUAUUGUAGUGCUGUAUUGAGUAUUGAGAUGCACAGAGGUAUUUGUUAUAACCUUUAGUUCUUGAAGCUGUACAUCAAGCCAAUCUUGAGUUGGCUCCCCUGAUUCAGAAGCCAAAGUGAGGAUGUGGUCAUCACAGGUUCAUGUGGUCUGGAUAGUUUUACAGGCAUGUGGAUGACCAAGAAACACCUUUAAAAAUGUGAAGAGUAAGGUGAUAUUGAUAUCUGAUAUUUUAUUUAUAUUUUCCUCCAAAUUUUGUAAACAUAAGGGGGGUGGGGGAGGUGGUGUCACAACUUCAUAUGAAAUAAGUUUCCGUUUUCCUGAAUAACUGCAAUUAAGCAUGGCCUAAUUUGGAGGAAAAGAUGAAAGGGGAGAGCUCAAUCAGAUAGAACCAGUAUAAGUUUCUCUGGCAUUUUUUGGUAAAUUAGAGAAACAUUCGUUACAGUAUAUUAUUUCAUUGAUCUGCAAAGAAUUUUAGAAAAUAAAAUUCUGAAAUCUG